AUGGAUGUAUUGUCCACAAGAGCGAAUCUCACGACGAUGCGCCUUGCCUUUCUCGUUGCGCUCAUAACAAUGCUGGCAACGGUUUCCCACGCCAUCGGCAGCAGCGAAUCUGCUGCCGCUGCGCGAAGCGCCGCGUCGUCUGAAAGCGUAUCGACAACCACAAUGACUGGGCAGAAAAUCGGUAUUCCUCGGCGGGCAAUGCGGCGUGUAAUGCGGGGACCGAGCGACCAGACCUCCGUAUCUCCCUCUGAAACGCCCGCAUUGCGGCCGAACAGCGCCUCCGCACUUCCAGCGGGGGAUCGGCAGCCUUCCCCACUCCCUUCCGCCUCGGCUUCGGAAUCUGCGCGAACAGCCGAUUCGCCAUACGCAAUAGUACCGAAUUCCACUGUAUCGACCCGGAGCGCGUACGCGACGCGGUUCUCCCCUCUCAAGCCGCGCCUCGGGAAGUUUCAGCACCAGCAGCAGCGGCGCGAGCUGCAGGGCGCGACGGACAUUGCGAACCAGGGCGGCCCGAUACUGGCCAACCCGAAGGUGUACUUAAUCUACUAUGGAAACUGGCCCGAGGGGUCCGGGCAGGAUGUGAUCGAAAAUUUUAUUAACUCGCUUGGCGGAGACACGGGGAACCAGGGGGACCCGACGGGGGAGAACAGCGUGCGUAAUUGGUGGGACAUUUCGACCAACUACUACCAGAAUAACGACGACGGCACUCAGACGUUCGUCAGUCCCGACAUCACGUUGGGCGGCACGGUGACAGACGACGGAUCUAACGGCUGGCAAUCAAUCGACUUGGGGACGAUCGUCAACACACACGCCGGAACGGACCUCCCCAUAGACACUGACGGAAUCUACCUCGUGCUGACGAGUUCUGACGUCCAGGUUGACGGAUUCUGUGACAGCUUCUGCGGAUUCCACACUCAAACAACUUUGGACUCGGGGGAAAAUGUCGCUGUUGGUUUCAUCGGGAGCCAUGACAACUGCUGCACAUACAGCGACGUCUCGCCCAAUGGCAUGCCCGGAAUUGACAGCAUGAUCUCCACCAUUGGUCACGAGAUCGCCGAGGCUGCUACCGACCCUGACGUCUCGUCCGGAUGGAUGGCCGCUGAUGGCGAGGAGAAUGCCGAUAUGUGCGCGUGGCAGUAUGGCGACGUUUCCCAGGACACUGACGGUAAUGGUAAUACGUAUGACUACAACAUGGUUGGGAACGAUGGGAUGCGGUUCAUGGUUGAAGCAAACUUUGACCUGAUUACUAAUUCGUGCCAAAUUCAAGCACAGAACGGGGGCUAA